CAUAUUUCAAAGGUGCCUGGGCCACCGCUCCUUAUCCUGAGGACUGCUCUGCCACCUCCUUUGUGAUGUUGCUUGAAUGUUACUUCUGGGUGACACUUUCCCCGGCAGUGCUACCUUUUCCCUUGCUGUCGCAAUGGGCUGCAGUUUGAACAAGGUGGAGAAGCACGAAGAGAAGCGGCCUGGGAACAUUUACUCAACUCUGAGGAGACCUCAAGUCGAGACGAAGGUAGAUGUGACCUACGAAUACCGCUUCCUAGAGUUCACCACGCUGACUGCCGCGGAGCUGCCGCGGUCCUCGGCUGUGAGGUUAGCCUCUCUGCGGGACCUGCCAGCCCAGCUCCUGGAACUGUACCAGCAAGGCUUCUCCCUGGCUGCCCUGCACCCCUUUGUGCAGCCGAUGAACAGGCAAGAGAAGCGAUUCCUUGAGCACAUCUUCAGGGCCAUCCUGGUCAAGAAAACCAACAGGUCUCAGAAGACCGAGCUUCACAAUGAAGGCUACAUCUUGGAAUUGGAUUACUACACCUCCUUAGACCACCUGGAAAACCAGAAGCUUGUCCCAGAGUUUAUUAAGAAGGUACAGGAAGCUGCAAGUCGGGGCUUGAAGUUCAUUGGUGUGGUGCCUCAGUACCAGCCCUCUGCAAACUCCGCCAGCAGCAGCCGAUCAGUUCCCAUUGCCAACAGUGCUGUGGAUGCCAGGGAUGGGAAACAUACCUUUGGGGACCAUGCAUCCUUGGAAAACGAUACCCCAAAGGAUAUGGAUGCUGCCACUGCCAGAGUGAACCAAAGACCAGAGCCCAGCCCAAGCGCCACAGGGGAGGUGCCUAGCGCCCAGCAGCCUGGCAUUCCCACUCCCUCAGAAGAGACAGAGGCUGAUGAGUUUCCUCUGCGGGAGUUGAGCCCAGCACUGGAUGGACCAGACGGUGACCCCUCUAAUGGACAUGAAGAGAUGCUCUCAAGGAAAAUGGAGAUCUUCGCCUUUUUCAACAGACCGAAGAACCAGCAGAAGUGUCGGCAGUACUAUCCCGUCACCAUCCCCCUCCAGGUCUCCAGGAACGGCAGGACAGUGAACAGUCUGGAUGCCAGCUGGCUGGAGCACAUGAGUGAUCACUUCCGGAAAGGCGGUGUGCUAGUGAACGCUGUCUUCCACCUUGGCAUGGCCAACGACGCCUUCUAUGACCUGACAGAUGGAGUAUUCAUCUUUGAAGCUGUUUCCACAGAAGAUAGCAAAACCACACAGGGCUAUGACGCUAUUGUUGUGGAACAAUGGACAGUCCUGGAAGGUGCCGAGGUGCAGACAGACUACAUGCCCCUGCUGAACUCACUGGCGGCCUACGGAUGGCAGCUCACCUGUGUGCUGCCAACUCCCAUACUCAAGACUACAAGGGAGGGGAACGUGUCCACCAAGCAGAUUGUGUUUCUUCAGAGACCAUGUCUACCUCAGAAAACCAAGAAGAGGGAAUCAAAGUUCCAGUGGCGAUUCUCCCGGGAAGAGACCCGCAGCAGGCAGACAAGGAAAACCAAAGGGAAACGCAGCACGAGAGACAAGCAGCAAGUGGAGGAGAAUGAGAAGAAUCUAGAAGACCAGUUCCCCAAGGCUGGAGAUGUGGGGAACUGUGUGCUGGGGACACAGCAAUGGGGCAGAGCCUCUGAAGAACAGCAGGGCUUGAGGGCUGUGCAGAAUGGUCCUGCUGGCCACAACAGGGACUCGGUGGCCGCCAGACACUCAAAUCCCAGCAUGGAAGCCGAGCUUGCUGCAGGGCCCGCUCCAGCAGAGGCAAAUUGAGUCUGUGAUUUAUGCUAGGCUUGCAAUGUGAUGGCAAACCUUGGGAAGCUUGCUAGCAGCUGGUUCGUUCUGUGUUACCCUUUGGCUUGACCUGUCGUUAGCUCAGCUGGCCCUGCGAGGGCUGGUCUCUGGCAGUAUUGUUUUCUGAACAGCCACUGGAAAGCUGUCUUAAUGAUCAGCUUACGGUAGAGUGCAAGGUUGGACUGUUCCUCCUAGACCUCAGAGUUGGAGGUCCUGUUCCACCCCUUCCCCCAAGGAAGGACAUGGACCAUACAGCACCUGGGCUGCCCCACGGGGCUCCAGGUCACAUCUGGGUCAACUUCUGGGGCAUCUUUGCUACAAACCAAGAUUUUUUGCUCACUCUUACAUGCUGCUGCUAUGGGCAAGUACUUCAGUAACUUUAUCCCACAGCUCUUCGGGCUGCCCUUCUCCGCCUGAGCCCUGCAGCUCUGCACACAGCUCCUUCCUCCUGAACCCUGGAGGCCCUGCUGUUUUGAAAGGUGGUGAUGUUGGGGGAGGGAA